CAAUUGAGCAUUGUUCACUGUAUAGAGUUGGUAUAGCAUAUCUAACAUUUUGUUGAGCCUUGAUUUGAUUUCUGUUGAGCAUUUCCUUCCAUUCGUCAAUUCAAGGUGGUUGGUGCUUUCUUGUAAGACAACUUUGUAGCUUAAGUUUACAGAAUAUCAAUUGCUGUCGGCCUCACAGUUCUGGCUCUAAAAUAUCACUUGUAGAAAAUCCGAUGACACGACAGAAUAUUAUCGUUGCCACUGGGUUGAUAGCCUUUGCAUCUGCUGGAUUAGCCUUUCCCUUUUACAUGGCGUCUUCCAAAAAGCCAGUUAUAGAUCCGGCAAAGCCACUUCCACCGCAGGCCACUUUUCGAGGUCCUUAUAUAAACACUGGUUCCCGGGAUGUCGGACCCGACCAUCAAACUUACACCAAGAAGUGAUUUAUCUUCAAUGUUCCUAAUGUGCCCUGUAAGUUGAAUGUGUUGGUUCAUUUUAAAGUAGAAGAAGACCACGUUAAUUCUUUUUUUCUUUUUUUUUUCCCCCCCUCUUAUGGAGAAACCAGCAGUUCACUUGACAUAGAAAUGGAGGAUUAAAAUAUUGAGGUCCAUAUCGAUAAUAGAAUUUCAAUUUUACAAAUUUGUAAAUAUAAAUAUCAUUAUCGACGAAUAUUUCUGUAUAUUACAUUAUAAAUUUUGUUAUUUUUUUUACUGA